UGUAAUUGGUAUAGGCCAAUCAGCACCGAGAUUCCUUCCAACAUCAUUUCCAAGUUAGGUUGAAGUGCAUGUUACCCAUGUGGGUCCAAUGUUGACUUGAAUCUUGAGAAAGUUGAGAUUUUUUUCCCCGACAUUUGUGUUAACGCGUUUUACAAUGUCGUCGUCCUUCUUUAUCAAGGGGUCCAAAAACCCCAAAUUACCGAAACCUGGAAAAAACAUAACGAAAUCGAAUCGGAAAGGUGAUGGGGACCCGGGUGGGAAAGUUAAAGUCAAGAAACAAAAAUCCCGAUAUAACGAAGAGAUUUCCAGCGAAUCUGAGACAGAGAGUCCGAUAGUUGCCAAGAAAAGGCAGGUCAAAGAGAAGUAUGACUAUGACGAAACACCGCAGGAGAAGAAGCUCAGAUUAGCCAAACUUUACCUCAACCAGUUAAAGGAAGAAGAAGAAGAAAAGGCUGAAGGCGAGUCAUUUGAGGCCGAUCUGAUUGCGGGGAGACUUAAAGAAGAAGUGCUUGAACAGAAAGGAAAAUUACAACGACUCAUUGCAAAAGAUCUGUUGCCACCCGACGCUUCCGAAGUCCGUUUGUUACGAGGACACAAGCUACCAGUCACCUGCCUGGUCAUCAGUCCUGAUGAUAAGUGCAUCUUCUCUGCUGCAAAAGACUGCUCCAUCAUCAAAUGGGAUGUCGAGAGCGGGAAAAAACUGUGGGUCAUACCUGGCGGAAGGAAGGGUACAGAAGAUCGACAUGUAGGACAUACGGCUCACGUCCUGUGUAUGUCCAUAUCAUCCGACGGAAAAUACUUGGCCACUGGUGACAUGAACAAGCUGAUCAUGAUUUGGGAAGCUGAAUCGUGCAAGCAUCUCUACAAAUUCACAGGACACAAAGGCCCCGUUUCGGGUCUCUCGUUCAGGAAGGGAACUCACGAUCUGUACAGCGCUUCACACGAUCGCUCCGUCAAAGUGUGGAAUGUGGAUGAAAACGCCUACGUGGAAACUCUUUUCGGCCAUCAGGACGCCAUCACGGGACUGGACUGCCUGAGCCGAGAACGCUGCGUGACCGCCGGGGGCCGCGACCACACCGUGCGUGUAUGGAAGAUCAUGGAGGAGUCGCAGCUCGUCUUCCACGGCCACGAGGGUUCAAUAGAUUGCAUCCAACUCAUCAAUGAGGAGCACAUGAUUACAGGCGCUGACGACGGCUCCGUGUGUCUUUGGAGCGUCAAUAAGAAGAAGCCCCUCAGCACGGUGAAGCAGGCUCACGGUUGCAAUGGCGACCCCGGGCUGGAGCAGCCUCACUGGGUGGCCGCGGUGGCCGCGCUUCAGAGCACCGACGUCGUAGCCUCAGGUGCCUCUGGCUGUUCCAGCAAUUCGCAGGUGCAACUGUGGACGUGCGGUCCGCGUUAUCGAGGGCUCGAGCCGCUCUUCAGUGUUCCAGUGGUAAAAGCAGAUUUAAAUGCACUUACCUUCACAGUCCAUGUGUCGUCUCAUUCUGCGUCCCUGUGUUCCUUCCCUCAGAUCGGUUUUGUCAACAGUUUAAAGUUUUCACACUCUGGUCACUUCUUGGUGGCGGGAGUCGGACAGGAACACAGGUUGGGACGAUGGUGGAGACAAAAAGAGGCCAGGAACGGGAUCUAUAUCAUUCCCCUUAAAAGGAAACCUCCCAAUCAAGAUGAAGCCCAGACAGCUGAAUAAUGGACUUUUUUUUGUAAAUUAAAGGCAUUUAAAACAUUUUGCCACAUUAUUAUUUUUUUAGAGAAUGAUUUGAUGUUGAUAUAACAGGUCGUUUGUUUGCAAAAACAACAGUGUAAAGUGUCUACUGGGUUAUGUAGACAAAUGGGUGGAUCGCUACACUCCCCUCCAAAAGUAUUUAAACAGUGGGACUCAUUACGUUAUUUUUUUUUUUUAUGUAUACUGAAAACAUUUGUGUUUGACAUUAAAGGAUAAAUAUGGGACGAUAACAGUUAAACUUUUAUUUCCAGGUAAAAUUACUUGUGGAUCUGCUGCAUGAUUGUAUUAUUAUUUGUAGCAUUUUUAGGUAAGCUAAAGUUUUGGUGCGUUCAUGUUUGGAUUUUCAUGUUUGUGACACUACUAUAAACAUAGUCUUCACAGGCAAAACUGAGCAUAGACAUUGAGUGCUAUUUAUUGUUUGAAUAAUUCACCUUGGGAACAAAACACACCUGUCAGCCACACGUUCAAGACUUUUGUAUCGUGCGUGGGUUCAAACAAAAAGUCCAAGGUGUGUAUCUGAUACAAAUGUAAAUUCCUGCACAUUAAAAGUUGAACUGUU